UGCACAUUUUGUGGUAGUCGAUGCGUCUACUUGUCGACUUCAAACUGUUUUUUUAAUGAAGUGGGAUGAAGUGUUGUAAAUAUAUAUUAUAUUCAAUAUACGAAUGGGAUAGUAGCCAGAAUUGCAAUGAAUAGUUGCAUACAAAUAUCAUUAUUUCUAGUAUGCUGCGUUUUACAAGGGAAAAUUGUAUUACCAGCAUGUUCCGGAAGUGGGUUUCCAGUUGAAUGGACAAAUGCAACAGACGAUACAUACUGGUUUUUUUCAUUAGCAUUCAAAAGACAGUUCACGGCUGGAUACAUAAUGACUGAUUAUUAUACGAAUGGAUCAUCGGUAACAUGUACAUGUGCAUCUCCUACUUGUCAAGAUGAUUUUUAUAACCCAACAACAGGCUAUCAUUACUACAGAAUGAGCCAUAAUGAGGGGAAUAUAUACAUUCCAUACCUAGCCUUUGACGCAUGUCAUGGCUUUAAGCAGUACGACAAUGUUAUCAGAGAAUUUGUUGAUAUAAUUUCACCUGAGGCAACUGCAAUGGAUUGCGAGGAAGAACUUUUGUUACCCGAAAGUUUAGCUCUUUUGAAAUACAACUCUCAAUAUACUGACUGUCCGUUCGAAUUUACAACAUAUACAUUUACCUUUAGUGAUGGUGGUAACCCUGACUACUGUGCUGGCACAACAUCAGAGGCAAUUAUUGCGAAUGAAACCAUAACUUUGAAAAGUUGCUAUGACCCAUCAAAUGUUACUUCGGCUACUCCUUAUAACGGGAAUUUUUCAUGUCGAGGCAGCUGGCAGGCUGAAGAAAAUGACGAUAUUACAAAAGGAGAUUUUAUAGUUAUUGAAAUGUAUGAUGAUGAGCAGUGGCCUUAUUGUGGGAGAUAUAAAGUUGAUGCGAAUGGUGUUAUUAUUUUAUCCAUAUCCCUAUCGAUAAGUAAAGAGACUAAUGUUCCUGUUUUGUGUGACUCGUUACAUGAUAAUGAAUACAUGUCCGAUGACGGAAACAACUUUAAAGCUGUGAGAAUGGUGUUUACUCCUAAUCAUUCAAACACAAUACCACAGAAGUCCUCCGAGUUUCCAUAUUGGUGGAUCAUUGUUGGAGUGUCAAUUCCGUUGAUAGUAUUGUUAACUUGCUGUAUAAUUUAUGCUGCGAAAAAAGGAAAAGCCAAAGUGGAUAAUCACAAACAGGACGAAUGAUAAUCAGUCAGAUAAAAACUUUACACAGACUUAAAAAAUAUCUAAGAAACAUACCCACCAAAUAUCAACGAUUUAACUGACAUGCACAGACAAUUACAGUCAAGGCUUUUGUUUAUCAAAAAUGUUAAAUAUUAGGAAAUGUAGACUUUGAAAAUGUGAAUUUGAACAACUGAAACAUAUAUUUAGGUAUUGUAUCCAUACGUCUUUUUUUAUAUAUAAUUUUGUAUUAACUCAAAUGCUCUGAAAUUUAUUGUUGUAAGUCUUUUUUGUGGUGUAUUGCUUUUUGUACCUACAAGACAAUUCCGUUCUUCAGUUUUUCUUUACAUGUACGCAUCAUCCUGGUACAGAUUUCUCAAACAUACAUCUUGCUCCCCUAAUAUCUUUUUUGAAAGAAUUACAAAUGAUUAAGAUUCAUUUGAACAUUUCAAGCCUAGAUCUUUAAUUAAGACAACCAUUCCAAUAAGCUAUCUUUUCAUUUAUAAAAUUUAUAUGUUUUGAUUCGAUAGAUAAAUUAAAUUGUUUUCAAAAUUUUGUUUAUAGUCUAAGAUUCUAGUUUCACUUGAAGUUUUCAGUCUUAAUUCUAGAAGUGAUAAAGAUUUCCUGUUUAGUCGUUGUAGUUAAGGUAGCACAAUACAAAGGGUUUUUUCACUCCAAAUCAGAUGAUAACUUUAUACUGAUGUUAUUCAUUUCAUCCUUCUUUAUAUUUUAUAAAUGAGGUACCAAA